AUGGAACAGAAGCCCAGCACCCUGGACCCGCUGUCGGAGCCAGAGGACACCCGGUGGCUGGAUGGGAAGCGCAAAAGAAAGAGCAGCCAAUGUUUGGUGAAGAGCAGCAUGUCAGGGCAGGGCAGGAUGGGGGUCCCUGACGCCCCCCUCCCUGCAGGGUACAUCCCUAGUUACCUGGACAAAGAUGAGCAGUGUGUGGUGUGUGGGGACAAGGCCACCGGCUACCACUAUCGCUGCAUCACCUGCGAGGGCUGCAAGGGCUUUUUCCGUCGGACCAUCCAGAAGAACCUGCACCCCACCUACUCCUGCAAGUACGAUGGCUGCUGCAUCAUCGACAAGAUCACUCGCAACCAGUGCCAGCUGUGCCGCUUCAAGAAGUGCAUCUCCGUGGGCAUGGCCAUGGACCUGGUGCUGGAUGACUCCAAGCGGGUAGCGAAGCGGAAGCUGAUCGAGGAGAACCGGGAGCGGCGGCGGAAGGAGGAGAUGAUCAAAUCCCUGCAGCAUCGUCCCAACCCCAGCGCCGAGGAGUGGGAGCUGAUCCACGUGGUGACAGAGGCUCACCGCAGCACCAAUGCCCAGGGCAGCCACUGGAAGCAGAAGCGGAAAUUCCUGCCCGAGGACAUCGGCCAGUCGCCCAUGGCCUCCAUGCCUGAUGGGGACAAAGUCGACCUGGAGGCGUUCAGCGAGUUUACAAAAAUCAUCACCCCGGCCAUCACCCGCGUGGUCGACUUUGCCAAAAAACUGCCCAUGUUUUCGGAGCUGCCUUGUGAGGAUCAGAUCAUCCUGCUGAAGGGCUGCUGCAUGGAGAUCAUGUCCCUGCGGGCGGCCGUGCGCUACGACCCCGAGAGCGAGACGCUGACGCUGAGCGGGGAGAUGGCAGUCAAGCGCGAGCAGCUCAAGAACGGAGGCCUGGGCGUCGUCUCUGAUGCCAUCUUCGACCUGGGCAAGUCCCUCUCUGCCUUCAACCUGGAUGACACCGAGGUGGCCCUGCUCCAGGCCGUGCUGCUCAUGUCCUCAGACCGGACAGGGCUGAUCUGCGUGGAGAAGAUCGAGAAGUGCCAGGAGACCUACCUGCUGGCCUUCGAGCACUACAUCAACUACCGCAAACACAACAUUCCCCACUUCUGGCCCAAGCUGCUGAUGAAGGUCACAGACCUGCGGAUGAUCGGCGCCUGCCACGCCAGCCGCUUCCUGCACAUGAAGGUGGAGUGUCCCACCGAGCUCUUCCCCCCCCUCUUCCUCGAGGUCUUCGAGGACCAGGAGGUGUAG